UAGGGACCGUCGUCCGCAGGCUAGGACCAGUUGGGAAAAGCUAGACAACAGGAACCCAGCAAACCUGAGAAAAGAAGAAUGCACUGUUUCUUUGUUCAAAGUGCCACUUGAUAUGGGAUAUGUGGCUGAGAAAAGACACCAAAGAAUUAGAUGAACUGCGUUUUUACACAAUGAACUUUCCACGUCAGUCGCCAUCUUCAACAUGGGUCAGGCACAAUCAGAAAAUGGCGAUGAAAUGCUCAACAGGAAAAGUCAUCCUGGUGCUGCUCUCAGUUAUCGUCGUUGUCCAGUUUGGUUUGCAGUUGAGGAUCAGCUACCUGGAAGGAGGUUUUGCACGUGGUGUCAUUCACGCAGAAGGUGAUAGUAACGUUCGAUUUCGAUUGGAGAAAAUUCCUGAUUUGAUCGGGAAAUUCAAACGACAAGUUGAUGAGCCAUACGUGAUUGCGCGGCCGCCUCCAAAGCCUCGCGAGCCACCACCAGAGACAAUAGUACUUCCGUUUAUUCCCCACGUGCCAGCAUGCAAUAUCACUGUGAAGGAGGCUCUGUCAGCGCUCAGCCGAGCCAAAACAGAGGAUUGCAAGGACCAGCUGAGGAGAGUGUCUUGUGCACACCAGCUCCAGCAGCUCUACUGGACGAAUUUCACUCGCACAUGCCCGGUGCAUGACAAUCCGGCCAUCAGUGCGAACAUGUCAUUGCCGAAGCUGCACCCGGACAUACCACGGGUCAGGAUACUGUUCAUGAUCACGGUUCAUGGUCGUGCAGUACGACAGGUCUACCGUGUCCUCAAGGCCAUCUACCAUGUCAACCAUUACUACUACAUACAUGUGGACGCGCGCUCUCAUUACAUGCUGGCCGAAAUGAACAAGCUGGCGGCCAAGUUUGACAACGUGCGUGUCACCCCGUGGAGACUAGCCACCAUCUGGGGUGGAGCGUCGCUGUUGCAAAUGUUGCUACGUGCCAUGGAAGAUGCUGAUGCAAUGACCGACUGGAACUGGGACUACUUCAUUAACCUGAGCGAAUCUGAUUUCCCAUUCAAGAACUUCACCUAUAUUGUGGACUACAUGACUGCAUGGAGGAAGCACAACUUUCUCAGAGCGCAUGGCAAGACUUCGCCAAGGUUCAUCCACAAGCAAGGCCUGGACCAGACAUUCUUUGAGUGCGAGCAUCACAUGUGGCGCAUCGGUCCGCGCAAGCUUCCCGAAGGUAUUCACAUUGACGGAGGUUCGGAUUGGAUCAUGCUCAAUCGUGACUAUGUGCACUACUUGGUGGCGAGCACGGACGCGGUCGCGCUGGGCUUGAAGCACAUGUUCUCAUACACGCUGUUACCAGCAGAGUCGUUCUUCCACACACUGCUUCGAAAUAGCCCUAUGUGCCAAACGAUGGUCAAGAACAACCUGAGGCUGGCCAACUGGAAGCGCUCGCUUGGAUGUCGUUGCCAGUACAAGGCAAUUGUGGAUUGGUGUGGCUGCUCGCCAAACGACUUCUUGUCAGAGGAUUUCAAGAAAAUCCAGGGACUGCAAGACAAACUCUUUGGCAGGAAGUUUGAAGCUGUCGUCAACCAAGACAUUAUCAACAAACUGGACUUCUGGCUGUUUGGUGCCUAUCCAGCAGGAACACCUGCUCUGGAUGCCUAUUGGGAAAACAUGUACAACUCUGAAGACUUUGGUGAGAGUUACAGCGACGUCCAGAUGACUCUGUACCGUAGUGUUGCACGGCUAUUGCGUGCGAAGCUAUCUGGCUGCAUAGCAGCGAAUGACCAGGCCAAUAUUCAAGAUGUGCAUCUCUAUCGGGAGAACGAUGUUUUCAAGGCCAUCAUCGUCAAGAUUCGAUAUGGGAACUCUGAGGAUUCUCCUGUGUUUGAAGCAUUUGUGGUACCAGCCGUGAAGGCGACGAAGUCUGUUGACAAUCCCGCUGUGCCGCGAUUCAAGUCGAUUUCUGUUGGCACCAAGUUUGACAAGAAAGAGUACGUUUAUCGCAACUAUGCUGGCAUCAUAGGUGUGCAAAGCCAGGUAGUGUUUGUCGUGCGCUAUACGACCGGACAAAGUUUGAAGCUCAAGGUUGUCUUCACGAGUCCAUCAGGGAAGAAGCAGAAAGUACAGCAUAUCGACACGAAUAAAGACUGGAGUAUUGCCGACCUUCCAGUGGACUUCCAGCUCUCGGAGGAACCUGGCCUUUGGCGUGCGGAUGUUGAAGUCUUGAAGCCAACAGCCGCUUCGCUGGGCAGUGUUCACUUUGUUCUCUUCCCAAGAGAGCUAGAAGGCAAUAAGGAAAUUGUCGACGCUGCAGGCGUGCAGCGUGCUGGCCUAGGCCCCUAUGUUGUUCUCAAGGACGACAUGGAUGUUCAGCAACAGCUCCAGGAUUACGUUGAUUCAGUGACACGACAGGCGUGGACUAUAAGUAGCCAUUGUGCAGUGUCUGGCUCCAGUCGACUGUGCCCCAGUGUAUCCUCAUGCUCCAAAACCUCGUGGAGCACACUAUCGCCCGAUCCGAAAUCAGACCUCCCAGACAUUAAGGCUAAUGGCCGCAUUCGGUAACCUAACCACUAUCGUCAUGGUAACCUAACCACUAUCGUCAUGGUAACCUAACCACUAUCGUCAUGCGACGGAUGUUUUAAAGUACAAGUAAUCUUAUUUAUGUUUCCUCCUUGCCGCCGGCAUGUCCGCAAUACUACCCAACUAGUUGACUGCUAUAGUUGCUGUCAGCUUGAUCCGGUCAACUGUGCCCUGUUUCCCAUUGGUGACUUCUAAAACUAGGUAUAAUUCAUGCCGCUUUCCAAGUUUCUUGAGUUUCAGCGCUCUACACGCUCUGCACCAUCUCUUUCCUUUCCCUCUUUCUCGUGUGUGUAUUCUGGGGGGUCAGUCACUAUUUUCUGUCUCUGCCUAGGUUCUAGUCUUCAUAGUAGGUAGAUCAUGAAUUAGCAGUACUGGUAAUUAGUAACCGUGCGGGUACCUGGGCUGCCACACCACGACACACACACACAGAGCAUAGAAUGCUGGCAACCGUAUGUUUUCACACGUGUCCCGAAAUAGUAGUAUGGUCCAAGACUGCCCCGGCGUUUCUGCAACUGGACCAGUGCUGCUGCUGCUGCUCGUGAUUCAUCAUGCCACCUAACAAUACCUUCUGAUGUUUCUUUAUUGUGAUUGUUUCGCUUAUUUUAACUUUGCUCGUGCUCUGACAUGUUGAGUUCAUCUGCUUCCUAUUCUCACUUCCAGUGCUACCAGCUAGUAUAUUUUGGGCUGAGGUAUUUUGUGCUCGGCACCCGUUCAAUGUGUUUGUGUGCUUGUUAUUUUUAAAUUCUUGUCAUUGUUCGUAUAUGUAGCUGCUUUGGAACAGAAGUAUUCAAUAUUUUAGACAA